AUGUCUAGUCCAGAUGACUUUGAAACUGCACCAGCUGAGUUUGUUGAUGCAUUGGAUCCGAGCAUGGUCGUUGUUGACAAUGACCCUACCGCAGCCGCUGCCCCAUCGGAUUCUGCGGCUGAUGUGAAGGCUGCACAAAAUACAGAGAAUCCUGCUGUUGAUAAUGACGAGGGCAGCGAGAAAGUGGAUCAGGUUGAAGGUGAAAACAAAGGCGACAAUGCCACUGAAGCUUCUGCGACGACUGCCACAUCUUCCGCUACUGAUGCGGAUGCCGUUACUGACAUUACAGAGGCCUCUACUGUUGUUGCCGCUGCUUCUGUUUCUGCUACUGACGGCGCCGCUGCUGAGGAGAAAAAGGAACAGGUUAAUGCACCUCCUCUGUUAAAUAUGAAGUUCUACCUGAAUCGAGACGCAGAUGCGCAUGAUUCUUUGAAUGACGUGGAUCAAUUAGCGCGCCUGAUUAGGGCAAACGGCGGUGAAGUGCUAGACUCCAAGCCAAAAGAACCAAAAGAGAACGUUUUCAUUGUAUCACCUUAUAAUCACACCAACCUACCAACGGUCACUCCAACUUAUAUCAAGGCGUGUUGUCAAAGCAACUCGCUAUUGAACAUGGAUAAUUACUUGGUUCCCUACGAUAACUUUAGAGAAGUCGUUGAUAGUAGAUUGCAGGACGAGCCCAACUCCAAUAGCAGAAAUGACAGUAAUAGCAAUAGUAACGAUCCAGCCGGGCCAAAAAUAGAAGGAGUCUCUGAAAAUUCCAACAGUGCUAUGGAAGUAUCAAACAAGGGCAAGGUUGUGGUUGACGCAAAGCAACAAGCUAGAUUACAAGAGCAAGCGCAGCUACUUCGCCAACAUGUAAGCAGUGCCGCGUCAAUGGCAAGCAGCGGUAAUAAUGACUUGGUUCAAAUCGAACAACCUCACGCAGAUAUUUCCAAUAAUAACAAUAGUAAUGUCGACGAUGCCGAGAAUGAUUUAUUAGCACAGGAUAACAAUGGCCAAGCAACGGAUGAGGGUGAUUCGUCCUUCCAAGCGCAAAGACCCAUGAUGUCAAGAGGCACUUUGACCUCCCACAAUAAAGCUUCAUUUACAGAUGAAGAAGAUGAGUUUAUUUUGGAUGUCGUGAGAAAAAAUCCAACCAGGCGUACCACUCAUACCCUUUAUGACGAAAUUUCUCAUUAUGUUCCUAAUCAUACAGGUAAUUCCAUUAGACAUAGAUUUAGGGUAUAUCUCUCCAAGAGAUUAGAAUAUGUUUAUGAAGUUGACAAAUUUGGCAAACUGGUUAGAGACGAUGAUGGAAACCUAAUCAAAACUAAGGUAUUGCCACCAUCAAUUAAAAGAAAAUUUUCAGCCGACGAAGAUUAUACUUUGGCAAUUGCAGUCAAGAAGCAAUUUUACCGUGAUCUGUUUCAGAUCGAUCCUGACACGGGAAGAUCGUUGAUCACAGAUGAAGAUACACCUACUGCUAUUGCCAGAAGGAAUAUGACAAUGGACCCAAAUCAUGUUCCGGGAAAUGAACCCAAUUUUGCAGCUUAUAGGACCCAAAGUCGUAGAGGACCUAUUGCCCGGGAAUUUUUCAAGCAUUUUGCUGAAGAACACCCGACGCAUACUGAGAAUGCAUGGAGAGACAGGUUUAGAAAGUUUCUCCUUGCGUAUGGUAUCGAUGACUAUAUUAGUUACUAUGAAGCGGAAAAAGCCCAAAAUAGAGAACCAGAACCAAUGAAGAAUCUGACCAAUAGACCCAAGAGACCUGGAGUGCCCACUCCAGGUAAUUACAACUCAGCAGCCAAGAGGGCAAGGACUUACGGGUCUCAAAGAAAUGCGCAACCUACUGCCAACGCUGCAUCUGCCAAUGCGGCCGCUGCCGCUGCUGCCGCUGCUUCUAAUUCCUAUGCCAUACCAGAAAACGAAUUACUAGAUGAAGAUACCAUGAAUUUUAUUUCUAGUUUGAAGAAUGAUUUGUCUAAUAUUUCGAACAGUUUGCCUUUUGAGUACCCACAUGAGAUUGCAGAGGCCAUAAGAAGUGACUUUUCGAAUGAAGAUAUAUAUGAUAAUAUUGAUCCUGACACAAUAAGUUUCCCACCGAAGAUUGCCACAACAGAUCUUUUCUUACCAUUGUUCUUUCAUUUUGGUAGUACAAGGCAGUUUAUGGAUAAGCUUCAUGAUGUUAUUUCAGGGGAUUAUGAGCCUUCACAGGCCGAAAAACUGGUGCAGGAUCUUUGUGAUGAAACUGGUAUACGUAAAAAUUUCAGUACGAGCAUAUUGACAUGCUUGUCAGGAGACUUGAUGGUCUUCCCUCGCUACUUCUUAAACAUGUUCAAGGAUAGUGUUAAUCCUCCACCUAAUGUUCCUGGUAUCUGGACACGUGAAGACGACGAGUCUUUAAAGGAUAAUGAUCAAGAGCAAAUAAGAAAACUGGUUAAAAAACAUGGAACUGGCAGAAUGGAAAUGAGAAAGAGAUUUUUCGAAAAGGACUUACUGUGA